ACAAAAUUUUAUUACAUUCCUUUGGAAUCCUGUAACAGUAGAUGAGCUUGGCACUUGUGAUAGGCCUAGAUCUAGAGUCUAAUCAGUACUGAACUGACCAGUAGAAUCAGGUGAAAGGUGGAUUUGAUUUACAGACGUAGAUGUCUCAUUGAGAAUUGAGGGUCGUAUCGUAAGUUUUUAAAAGAAUCUAGGAUGGCAGAAGCUCCAGAGGAACCCAGUUUUGCUGCAGAUGAGAGUUCGGAACCAGGAUUCGUUAGACUGAAAGUGAAGAUAGCUGGCCUGAAAGUGAAAAGUCAAGGGAUUUUGGGAUUCUUUGGUGAUUUGAUCGACAAACACGGCACCCCUCAAGGAAAGAAUGCGAAAAUUGAAGCCCCUGCCUUUGAUGAGAGAGGCUUUGAGCUGAAUGUGGAAGGUGAUGGCAUGGGUGCCAUGAAAGGAGCAAAGUACAGACUGAAGUUUGAGCGACUGCCUUACACAAUUGUUCCUCGUCACUCUUACAUCAAGGGAGAGGAUGGAUGGAUAUUUGUAUUUUUGAAGAAAGAGAAUGUCGACCAGUCAUGGGAGAAGUUCAUCCGUGAUGGGAAGCUGGAAACAGCAGAGAAGACGGAGGAAACCUAAAUGGAAAUAGAACAACAGACGCAUCAUGACUUGUGCUGAUUGUGCUGAUUAAUUAUCACGUCGGAGCUUUGAUUGGGAUGAAUCUUUAGUGUGCAAGUUUUUGAAGGAUGCCGCUGGGUGGUCCUACUUUUGUCCGGUUUGUCUUUGGGGUUUUUUUUAUGUGUGUUUUGUGAUUUUACUGUUUCCCAGCUCCGCAUCGUCACAUCAGAACUAUUUUGUCCAAAGUCCCUCUUUACUUAAGUACACCUUGGACAAAAUAGUUCUGAGGCAACAAUAUUUUUAGCACGUUGUGUUGUCAGUGUUAUGGUUUUCAUAUCAAAUUCAAUGUAAUAAUUUUCAUGACAAAAUGUGAUUUAUAUGAUUUUAUUUGAGGAUAGCUAUCAUGUGGGCAAUGACUUUCAUAGGCAUUCAAUUAUCGUUGUAUUCAUGUUUUCUAAGCGUCUUCCUGUUGCUCACAAAAAUUCUGUAGGCUAUAUUUCUACCAAGGAGUCUAAAAUUAGUUUUUCUCCUACUGCUAAAUAAACUUUGAUAUGUCAAGCUCAUUAAUGACCCAAUACGAGCAGGUGGUUUCUUUACCUUCUGGUCUGAUCUGUUUGUUCUACUAAAAAUCUUCUCGGAAAGAACAGUUUGUCUUCUCCCCCUUUUUGUUCCAUUGUAAAUGUUAUCUUGUUCACUCACUGUACGCUACAGCAUACUUCUCUACGCAUGAUUUACUGCUUUUCCUUCAUUCAAAAGUUGGAACCAGCUGUCAAAAAAGACAGUUGCAGAAUAGACUGCUGCCAUGGUUUUUGGAGGUUUUUAAAAAAAAAUUUCAAGUUUCUCUGGAAAAUGUAUGUUAAACUUUUUGGUCGUCAUUUAUGGUGUUGAAGGAUGUGGUGGUGCUUGUUGAUUCUGAUAUUCAAAUUGAUCAAAUUGUUGUUCUUUCUUGCUUGUAUUAUAAAGUCUUAAAAUCAUGAUCAUAUUGUUUCAAGUGACGUGAUCGGUUGUGUGUUAUACUGCAUCUUGAUUGAUCACCCGACUUAAUAAUUCAGCAGUAUUUUUGCAUAUCUCAGGACUUAACUCUUAUUUUAGACUUGAAGGUAGAAUAAUUAAAAACAUAAUUCCUCUUGUAACUGGAAACAUAUUUUCCCCAGAGCCACUUUGGUUCCCUCUUCAUUCAUGUCAACAAUUAAGCAGGUUUAAUAUGGCACAUUUCAUUUUUAAGACAACAUAAGAGAGGCAUCGUGGUGAAAUCAGGUGCUCGUCAAAA